AUGAAUCAAGAUAGAUACAGCAAGAACCAAGACGAAGUGACCUUUGAGAUCUUGGGAAAUGUCAAAAGCAAAGAGUGGGCGGUUCAGACCAAUGUUCAUGGCAAUACAACCAUCAGAAACAGCACCAGUAAAGGAAGAGAAGAGCGCUACACACUCCGGUUCAACCCAUCUGUAGAUUUUCACAAGUACAGCAUCUUCUGGACUGAAAACCAUAUCAUAUUUUAUGUUGAUGAUGUCCCCAUAAGAUUGUUCAUGAGGAUAAAAGCCAUAGGAAACUACUUCAUCGCUAGUCCAAUGUAUGUGCAUGGCUCAAUAUGGGACAAGUCAGACUGGGCCACUGAUGGAGGAAAACAGAAAGUGGAUUACAGGUAUGGCCCAUUUACUGCUACAUUUUCUAAGUUAAUUUUACUGAGGUUUCCAGCUGGCACAAUUGAUCUCAAACCCAUUUACAAUGACGAGGACCCAGGGGAGGAGAAGGUUCCUACUGGUUUGACAGGAAGUGACAUCACCCAGAUGAGGAGGUUCAGGCACAAAUUGAAGCAGUUGGCUCAAACAAUUACGGGCUCCCCUCCAAAGAAUCUUGGCCUGGAUAACUCAGUCUCUGAUGCAGUUAAGGGAGUUAGUUUAUCUUCUCAUCUGGUAGAUACGCUUCAUGCAACCCCUCCUACCCCUUCUCCAGCUCCAUCUCCAGAACCACAUGAUUAUACAGGACCAUCUCCUUCCCCAUAUGCCAAUCUUUCUGCAUCAUACCCUUCAGUUCUAUCACCUGACACCCAUCAUGCCUGA